UCAGUCAGUCGUGCCAGUGAUCCGGACGCGGUCGAAAAUCGUGAGCCGCGACGUGGCCUCCGUUUCCUCCGAACGAGACAGCCGGUUCACCGCCGCGCCGUCUUUUCGCGCGAAAAUUUUCCAUCUACUUGACAAUCGAGAGCCGAGUGCCACCUGCUUGCUGCCUAGUUGCCGAGCUACGUGAUCCACCGGGUCGCUGUGUGCGUUGCGUGUCGUGUGCGGAAAGCGUGCGUGAAUCGCGAGCUGUUGGCUCGAUUAGCCGGCAGCCAAUCCGAGGAACGAGCCGUGCCCCCCCCCCCCUCCCCUCCCCCGAUCGAGCCUACGCUCGCCGCACGAGAUUGAUAACGAUAGAGGGUUUCCGACAGGGGGAAACGCUUCGCACGGAUUUCGGGAGAAUUUUCGCGGAAAGGAGGGGUAGGAGGGGGGAGGGGGAGGGUGGUAGGGGAGGAGGUCACGAAGCGAAAGUCAUCGAUCACAUCAUCGAUGGUCGCCGGCGCCGGUUGGAUCCGUUGGAUCGUGGCGUGUGUCGGAUAGUCGCGAUGAAGUGAACGGAUAACGCGGCGCGGUGGAACGUUCCGCGGUUCUCUCUCGACAGUCGUGGCAGUGAAAGUACGUCACCCGGAGCUGUCUCUGUUCGUUCGAGAUUCUUUCUCUGUCGCGGUCCCGAUAGAGAAGCCUCGAGGGUUUCCCGUCGGCCGCCAACGAGAAACGUAGCUAACAACUCCGGUCAUGUCUCUCGGAGUCUUCUGAAGUUUCGAAGACAGAGAGGAAUAUAAAGGUGAACAGCGAACAGUGACCACGACGGGACAGUGCGAGAGAGAGAGAGAGAGAGAGAGAAUCGUCUUUGCGUUCUGUGUACCUCUCUUUAUUUUCGUCGCUGAUUCAUCGACGUUUCAUCGACGAUUCGAUCGACUUGCCGGAGGAUCGAUACCGAUCGAGAUAUCAAUCACCACUGAACAACGAUGACCGUGAUCAUGGAGGAGACGAACACCUUCGUUACGUGGCCGUCCCGUCUGAAGAUCGGAGCAAAGUCGAAGAAAGAUCCGCACAUAAAGGUCGCGGGGCGACCCGACGACGUACGAACUGCGAAGGAGAAGAUAAUGGAAAUUCUGGACACGAGGCAAAGCAACAGAGUGACUAUGAAGCUGGACGUCAGUUACACGGACCAUUCGCACAUCAUCGGCAAGGGUGGACUAACGAUCAAACGAGUGAUGGAGGAAACUGGCUGCCACAUCCACUUUCCAGACAGUAACCGGAGCAAUCAUCAAGAGAAGAGCAAUCAGGUGUCGAUUGCAGGGGAAAUGGAGGGUGUCGAACGUGCUCGCGCUCGUGUCAGAAGUCUCACUCCUCUGAUAUUUUCGUUCGAGCUACCGAUCAUGAGCGCCUCGCAGAUAAUGCCCGACUCCACGUCGCCGUACGUGGUGAAGAUCCAGGAGCAAUACAACGUUCAGGUGAUGUUCCGCACCAGGCCGAAAUUGCACGCCACUUUGGUGGUGGUCAAGGGCAGCGAAUGGGAGGUGUCUCAUACGAAGGAGGCCACCAUGCUUCUGAUCCACUAUAUGUGCCAAAAUUUAGCUAAUCAGAUACAAGUACAAAUGUCAAUGGAGAUUUCGCCGCAACACCACAGCGUCGUGCUGGGUAAGCAGAGCAGCAAUUUGAAAGUGAUCAUGCAGCGCACUGGCACUCAGAUCAUGUUUCCAGACGCCGGCGAUCCGAACAUUCCCAGCUUGAAGAAGAGUAACGUCACGAUCACAGGUGGCAUUCACAACGUUUACUUGGCUCGGCAACAAUUAGUGGGUUCUCUGCCUCUUGUACUGAUGUUUGACCUUCCCGAAGACUCAAUGUCCUCGGUCGACACCGAGAACGUUUCCCAGCUAAUGCAAUCGCUGGACGUGUUUAUAAACGUGAGGCACAAGCCGAAACAGAGCACACUGUCUGUGAUCAUCAAAGGGAUCGAACGGAACGCCGGCAACAUUUACGAAGCGAGGAAACAGCUUCUAGGUCUGGACGAGCCUAGAGUGCACGCGGAGAUACCGGCCACCUACCACAUUCCGAACGGUAGCUGUAUUUACCAAACUAACACCACCAACGGCUCCACCAAUUGCAACAAUCUAGUGGGUAAUCUGUCCGACAACCUGACGAGCAUACUAACGGUGAACACGCAGACGCCCCCGUACUGCAUAUCGCCAAUUUCUCACUCACCGAAUUCGAUGAGUUUGUCACCCCACUGGAGUUUGUCGCCGAUACCGUCUAUGUUCUCCCCGUUGCUCCAUCACACUUACCCAUACUCGCACCUGAAUCAUCUGUUGACGACGCAGCACAUUAUGCACAACAACCCGAUGUCACCGCAUCCCCACGGACUGCAGAAUCACGGUUACACCGGUAUCGGACAAUUUCACCCGAACGGGCCUACAGGCUUCCACAACAUUCACGGAUUGAACGGCAAUCCAUUGACAGACAGCAAGGAGAGUAGCGCUUAUUCGUCGUUGAGCAGUGUUUCCAGUUCUCUAUCUAGUCCAGCUAUCAGUCCUCGUAACAUAUCACCAGUCAAUCCUACCGAGAAUAGUCAUAAUCUAGAUUUAACCAGCAUGUUGUCAGAUCUUACGGUGUCGGAUCGUCGUGCACCGGGCUGUGAGAAGAAAUCGCUGGAGAUGGCAGCGCAACAAAAUUUCGCCUCCUUCGAUUACGAGCAGAAGAAAAUAUUAGCGGCGAAGGCGAUUCAAUCGAAACCGAAUACCAACGACUACCGUGUCCCUACUUCCGUUUGGUCUGGCUACGGGCUCAGUCAAUCCAUUCCACCGAUAACUACAACCGACAUGAAGAAGGAAUCGACCACCCCCCACCCAUCCGACUUGUGGAAGGAACCAACGACGCCGGUAUUCAGCAGAGAUAUCGACUUUGGACUCGGCUCUGGCAAAGACCGUGCCGGACAGAUCGGUUUCAGUUCGAACUACAUGGAGCACACGCCGUCUUCGCAUUUGAAUAAGAUCACCUCUCAUCGGUUCGACGAUUUGGCCACAAUGUUGAUCAGCGUUGGAUUGGAGAAGUAUAUUCGCCUGUUCACGUCGCACGAAGUGGACAUGGCUACGUUCCCCUCGCUGACGGAGAAAGAUCUGUACGAAAUCGGGAUAACCGCUUGGGGCGCAAGACGUAAAAUAAUGUUGUUAAUCGCUGAAAUGAACAAACGGACUAGCCCAUUCUGUGGUAGCGCCGCUCCUGGUGCGGAACGCAAGACAUCCACGUCGUCGACCACGUCCUCGAUGGAGAAGUGCAAUCUGGAUACCAAAUGGUAGGAGGGACGAAGGAGU